UGGGACUUUGCGGCGGUGCAACUCCAACACAUCAAGCACGGAUGGGACAAAGACGUGCUCUCGCUGCUGUGCGACCUCGGCAUGUCCAAGCUUGCAUCGACGACAUGGGCCGAUAUCGCGUGUGUCGUCAACCAGAAGCUCAUGGCGACGCCGCGCCACACAGCCGUGAAAGCCAACAAGGACAACGUUCGACGCAUCUACGAGGCCCUCAAGACAAAAGCUACUUGCCAUCGAGAGGCGCAACAGCGAAGGCGCAAUCCAAAUCGCACACAGAUUCCUGGCACGCGUCGCGCAGCGUCCAAGGUCAUCGACAUGACGGCACGCGCGUCCGCAGCGCGCUUGAAGGAGGCGACACCCAUCGAAAAAAUCUAUUGGGAUCGGGUCGCGACGCAGUCAUGCCCUGUCUACGGGUGGUCCAUGAAAGCCAUGGACCGUAUCUAUGCCGUGGCAGUGCCCAAGCCGCCAGACACGACGUGGGCCGACGUCGCCUUUGUCGUCCAGAAGCAGCUUCCCGCGGCGACUGGCUCGACGCGCUGCGCCGCCGCGCAGUUUUCACCACGCAAAGUGACGCGCUUGGUGCAGAGAGCAAUCGCGUAUCAACAGAACGCGCGCGACCGGCUACGACUCGCGGCUGUCGACGCGACGCCACACCUGGACAGCACGCCAAUGGCUGCGCCUGCGGCCACGCAUGCACCAGAAGGUCGAAUCUCGGCUCUUUCGAGCGCAUCGGUCGAAGACAC